CUCGAUGCCCCGGAAGGAACUUUGUUAUGAAAGAGCGACCGGUUCUCAUUCAUGAAGUAAAGCACGGCUUGGGUAAUUUAUCAAAACAAGAUUAUCAGUCGAGGCCAAAUUGAACAUUACAACCGAAAUGUUUUACCAUAUUUCUCUGGAGCAUGAAAUCUUAUUACACCCGAGGUAUUUUGGUCCGAACCUCCUCAACACCGUGAAGCAGAAGCUUUUCACAGAAGUGGAGGGUACCUGCACUGGCAAGUAUGGCUUCGUCAUUGCUGUCACCACCAUUGACAACAUCGGGGCAGGUGUAAUCCAGCCAGGCAGAGGGUUUGUCCUGUACCCAGUCAAAUACAAGGCCAUUGUGUUCCGCCCAUUUAAAGGGGAAGUGGUUGAUGCUGUGGUCACUCAGGUUAACAAGGUUGGAUUAUUCACAGAAAUUGGUCCCAUGUCCUGCUUCAUCUCUCGCCAUUCCAUCCCCUCAGAAAUGGAGUUUGACCCCAAUUCUAAUCCUCCUUGUUAUAAAACAGUAGAUGAGGACAUUGUAAUCCAGCAAGAUGAUGAGAUUCGGCUAAAGAUUGUGGGAACAAGAGUGGACAAGAAUGACAUUUUUGCUAUUGGAUCUCUCAUGGAUGAUUAUCUGGGUCUUGUGAGCUGAUGUGCCCCAGAGGAUGCUCAUCACAUGGGACAUUUUAUGUAGUUGCCUAUUUCUUUCUUUGUUAAAAUUUAAUAUUUUUCUACACUGAUUCAUAUGGGAGGGUGACAGGUGGUGAAGCCCCAUGGCUACUUUGUGUUUUAUUAUUGUGUUCUACAGUCUUUGUAGGUUUUUAUUGGAAGUGGUGCAAGAUUCAAAGAAAAUGUUGUUAACCAACAAUACAGAAGCAAUUCAUAUACUUAAUUUACAGUUUUUUCAUAUAGCAUUCGUAAUUUCCAUCUCAACUAUAUAUUGUUUGUUUUUUGUAUGUGGACUGUAAUAAAACAUUUUAUUUGUUCUUAUA